CCCUCCUGCAGCUCACCCAUUCCCUUUGUUGCUCGAGGGCGUACAAUGCCAGGGCAGAGGCUGCUCCCUUGCACACCGGAGGAUGCUGCAAUCCUUUCGAAGUCAGAAACCAAGUACCCCUCGCCGCAAGAGGUGGAUGGCGGCAUUAUCGUGCGCAUCAUUGCUGCCAAAGACGCCCACAGAGUCAGUUCCCCAGUUUUGCGAGUAGUGAGGAAUCGACAGUACGGAAUUCGCAAAGGUGAGAGGUUGCGUUUGGCUUUAGGUGGUGGCCUUUUUACCUCCGUGCUGGUGGCAUUGGGGUUCUGGCAGCUGCGCCGCAUGGAAGAAAAGAAGCAGCUUAUCGAAUACAGGAGAAGCCACCUUGCAACGCAGCCCACUGUGGUUACUUCUUCACCUUUCCCAUGGACUCUGAAAGCCGCAGCCUACAGUAAAGAGCGCCGGCAUCAAACGGAAGUAGCAGCAGAAAGCGCAAGCCACAUCCAACCAGAUGCCCACGUUGCAGAACCAGCAAGUGCAAGCUCCGGUGUAUACGCGUCCCAUCGGAAAACACUCGGUACCUCAUUAGUAAACCAUGCGCUUGAUGACAACUUAGAUAUUGUUCAGCAUCAGGAAGGUGCAGCAGGACCUGUAGGAACAAAGGGGCAUCGCAGUGGCCAUUUGUUGGCAGCGGCCUCUGAAGAUGCUAUUGAAGCUGCAGUGGCUUCGUGGGCAUACACCCCAGUAGUGCUUCAUGGCGUCCUGGACAGCACCACAGAGCUGCUAGUAGGACCCCGGCCUGGACUGGAAGUAGGGACCCCCGGAUACUGCGUGGUGUCGCCACUACGUCUGAAAGAUGGAUGUGUGAUACUUGUAAAUAAGGGUCACCUACCAGUCAAGCUUGCAAAGCUUCCUCCAUUUCCCAAAGCUGCCAUCGAGGAUAAUGACUUGUUUGCACUUGUGCGGCAGCAGCAACAGCAGCUCGCGCGCCAGAAAACAGCAGCGAUGCAGCAGCCCGAGAGACAGGUGGAUGAAAUGCAACAACUGAAUUCCAGAUAUCAGUACGUGGACUACGGUGCACAGCAACGGAUGGAGCAGUUGCAACUGCUCGCAGGGAGCAGGACGGAACCCGUAGGCCACGUAAUAGUCCGAGGCAUUCUAGAGCCGGGGGAGGUGGCCAACUCAAGUUUCAAGUCGUUGAUGCUGAAAAAUCGCCCUCACGAUGGCCAAUUCCACGUUCUAAACCCUAGGGAUCUCGCGAAGGCAACUCCUGGCAUUCCGAAUCGUGCUGAGGCAGCUCUACUAAUGGUGAAUGCCUACUCUAUAGUGUAUGACGACGAUGUGCUACAUCAGCCAGAAGCCGAUGCAGCACGUACAGGGAGCAGCUGCAACGUCGCGAAUAGAUUCAUGAACUACCAACACAAACAGAAGGCGGACUACUUACUUUUCUACGCAGACGAGCACACACAUUUCAAUUAUGCGUGCCAGUGGUUUCUAAUGGGGUUGUGCACUGCAGCGAUGACUGUGUACAAACUAAUCGAGGUGUCCAGGUGGCGUUGGUGA